AUGGAGAUCACUGUCCUGGCGUUACUAGAACCAGGACCCAGCUUCGCGAAUGUGGGUUGGUGGCUGAUCUUGUUCAUAGUUGCCUUCCUCAUCGCGAUGGAAGUGAAACGGCAGCAGAGUGCUGAGAAAAGCCCAGGCGGUUUUCGCACGGCGAACGAACGACGUGCUGAGAAGACGCUCACGACUCGCGCACCAGAGGAUGUGACGAAGGAAGCGGCACGGGCGGCACGGGACUACAUGGAAGUCGUUCUCGAGCGUGAUAGCGUCCGAGAGCCUUGGGGCCUCGUAUGGCACGUGCAAGGCUACAAAGCACAGAGAUUUCUGAUUGCUGGGUUGGAGCCCAAUUCUCCCGCAGGAUCCUGCCGGGCACAAGGCCUGCGCGGCAUUCGGCGGGGCGACGAGCUUCUGAGCGUCAACGGGAAAUGUCAGUUCCAGUUGAUGUGCCAGGAGCUGGCGAGAGCGGAAAAGCUCUCGCUGCAAUUCUUGAAGGCCGAUGUGGUGCUCCCCUUGGAUGAAAGCUCGGACGAGGAUUUGUGUCAGCCCGAGCCCCGGAGUCCUUCCAUCCAGGCAUCAGCAGAAUCAGAUGGCCAAGCGAUCGCGGAAUCUGUGGAGGAGGAGGAGGAUGAGCCCAGCUGCGGAGUCAGCCAGCCCUUCUCCCCUUCCGAAGUCGCCUCCCUGGCUGCCAGCUCUGGCACCAAUGGAGCCACUUGCGCUGAGCCGCGUGGCCGGGAUGCCGCCAUCAAGCGGGCGGAUGCCCCGGUCAAGAAGAAGUCCCGUCGCCAUGGGGCGGGCCACUUUUCCAGUAGUGCCUCUGGUUCCGGGUCAGGCUCUGAACAGGCAUCUUGUGCCAGCAAGUGUCCAUCCACCGAUUGGGAAUACAUGAUGGAUAACAGGCCUGGCAGCUUGAUGACUGCAGAGCUCCAAGGGCUCUCGGCUCGAGAUAGGCCGGUGCCAGCAGCAGAGAUGAGCCACACCAACAAUGUAGUGAUUGUGGCUGGUUCACCCGUCAUUGCGUUGCAAACCGCCAGCGCCUUGGGAACGGUGGUGGGCGGAGGAGUGUUUCAUCCCAUGCAGAAUGUCCGGGGGCGACAGCAGCUGCCAGUCUUGCCAUCUUCCCAGUUGGCAGCGGCCCCGAUGAUCCACACAGACGCCAUGGGGCAAAUCUGCCCUGUUGUGGAGCAAUUUGUGCCACAAAUGGCUGAGGUAUCACCAGAGCUUCAGGCUGUUCAGGCUGUUCCCUUCCCAAUGAGUCGCCAAGGGUCCAAAGAGUCUGCGGGGACUGGCUCCAACACCUGUGGAGUGAUCUUUGAGGCCGAAGAAUCUCUCCAUGCGCGGUCAGGUAGCGCACCGCCAGGUGGGUGUUGCAUGGAGCUUCCGACACCGCCCCAGGCAGCCCGAAAACGGACCUACCGCUCAGGCAAGAAGGUCAGAGCCAAGCGAACACGCGCGGCCAUUCGAGCUAUGCAGGCAGCUGAAGCAGCCGAAGUGGCUGAAGCUCCAGCUGAAGUGGCUCCACAAAAGCAGCCUGAGGCCGAGGUGAAGGGCAGUGCAGCAAGAUCAGGUAGUGCGCCACCCUCCUGUCAUGGAGGAGCGCUGAAGAAUCCAGAGCCUGAAGAGGGAAAAUUGUACUACAAGCCUAGAAGACGAGCGGGCAAGAAAGUGCGUCAGCGAAUGGAGCACGCCAUUGCUCGCCGUCGUGAGCAAGCCUUGAUGGCUGAAGCUGCUGAGAACUGCAGGAUGGUCUCCGACGACGAAGGCGCGCACGCCGCGCCCAAGCGCCUGGCGCGCGCCAAGCGCGCGGACUCGCCGGUCUCCACGGUGUCCACGGCGAUUUCCACGGCGGCCGCCACGGUGUCGGCGGUGGCCAGCACGGCCACGGCGUCCAACACGGGGUCGGAAGGAAUCAUGCCACGGCGCUCCUUCUACUCUCGUCGUCCACCGCUGAGUGGCUUGCCCACCAUGGCUGAAGCAGCGCCCGAGAUAGUGCCACCUCGUGCCUCACAGAGGAACUCCUCCCGCGAUGCGCGGCGGAAUAGCGCUUCAAAUGCAGGGGGAGAUGUGGAAGAGAUCAUCGGCCGGCAAGUUCUUCUAACCGGCCUUGUGCAUGCACCGCAGUUCAAUGGCCACUGGGGCCAUGUGGACGGCUUUGACGCCACAUCGCAGCGCUAUGUCCUGCGAGUUUUUACGGGUCAGCCUGGAGCAAAACCAAAGAUUGUAGCUUGGAAGAUGAAAUAUUUUUGGGUGAUCCUGGGAGGUUUUAGUAAUAUAUUAUGUAAUAUAGAUGUAUAUUAUAUAAUUACACACACACAUAUAUAUACAUAA